AUGGAGCGGAUGUGGCGGCGCGCGGGGGCGGGCGACGAGGACCGCAUCUCGGACCUCCCGGACGCGCUGCGCCUGCAGAUUCUCAGCCUACUCCCCCUCAAGUCCGCCAUCCGCACCGCCGCGCUCUCCUCCCGCUGGCGCGGCCUCUGGGAGCACCGCUGGCCCGACCCCUCCUCCCUCCGCCUCCGCUUCCCGGUCCCCGCCUGCGCCGCCGCGCGGGACCAGCUCGCCGCCAUGGACCGCCGCGGCCGGCGCCGCGUCGACGUCCUCGCCCUCGCCUUCCACGCCGGCCAGCUCGCGCAGCCCGACCUGCGCCGCUGCCUCGACUACGCCGCCGCCUGCGGCGCCGAGGACGUGCAGCUCCGCCUCGACGGCACCACUCCUCGCGGCGCGCGCGGGGGCCACCGCCGCGCGGGCGUCCUCACCGUGCACUUCCCCGUGGGCAGCCCCCUCCUCGCGCGCCUCUCCGUGCGGGGGCUCCACGUCACCGCCUCCGCCAACGCCAUGGUCGCCACGCUCGAGGUCCUGCACCUCCACUCCGUCUCCAUCACCGACGCCGCGCUGCGCCGGGUCGUCGCCGCCUGCCCCUGCCUCCGCGACCUCGACCUCCGCUACUGCCGCCACCUCCGCCGCAUCGACUUCACCGCCGUCGGGGUCGGCAACCUCAGGACGCUCACCGUCGUCGACUGCUCCCGCGCCACCGAGCUGCGCGUGCCCGUCGCGCCCUUCCUCCGCUCCUUCCGAUUCAGCGGGCCCUUCCUCUGCAGCAACCUCUUCACAGGCGUCACCGAGGGGUUUCAGCAACUCUACCUCUGCUCCGGCGGGCCGGAAACAGGCCUGCCGCCCACAAACCUGCCAUCCGCGAUUCCCCGCCUCGCCAACCUCACAACGCUCACUAUAUGCAGCAUUGCCCUCCAGUAUGUGUCUGCCUCCGUAGCGACCUUAGUCAAGGGGACCAGCCUCUCCAGACUCAGGGAGCUUCAGCUGCUCAUGUUCGGGAUGGCCAACUCCAACCUCGCCGACAUCUUCAGCUUCCUCAAGACCUGCUCCUGCCCUCACCUGGAGAGGCUCUUUGUGCAGCUGCCAACAAACACCCAUGACUCCUUCACGAAGAACUACCUGGACGUGGCAGAGGAGGAACCGCCCGAAGGCGGAUUAGAAAACCUCGAGUUGGUCAAGAUGACAAACUUCAAGGGGCAUCACAACGAGAUGCGUCUCGUCGACUUCCUUCUCAGGAACGCCAGCUGCCUUAGCAAACUGCUCCUGCUUGCUCCCAAGGAGGAUCACCCGCAGGGGCUCCAGAAGAUCCACUCGGACGUGCUGCCCCAUUUUCAAAAGGGGGAAAUUCUUGACAAGGCUUCAGCAAGCACCCAGAUAUUUUUCAGCGAGCCUGGUAGCUCCCAGGUCCAACCGUUGCACUCGGAGAUCUUCAUCAGAUUUUAGCUUCACAUUUAGCAGCACAGCUCUAGUUCAAUUGCUUCUUCUCAAUUAUUACAUUUAUAUAGCUGCUAGGCAACAUACAUGGAUGGAAAUCUGGAAGGCAUAUAGAUUUUGGUACUGCAUAUUCGCAAAUUUGUAUUACAAAUAUUUUGGAAAGAUGGUUGAGAUAGUUA